AUUUUUUGUUAUAACAUUGCAGCCGAGCUGAAAAUUAGACACAUUCUAAAGGACAUUGAUGACGCAUCUGUAGACAAAAUAGAAGAGGCUUUCACCGCCAAUAAUUUGUGCCAAUGUGAAAAUCCAGUUACAACAGCUUUUGAGGUUAGUCUGUACCAGUAUCAUUCCUCUUAUAUAGACGCUUACAAUUGAUUUGGCAGGGAAGAUAUUUUGAGAGCAAAAAAUCAUGGUGAGACACUAGUUUGAGCAGAAAACCCACCUACGGCUAUCUUUUUCUAUUUUCUACGAGAAAACGUUUAAAAAAUCAGCGAAGGUGAUUCUCUUCAAACGGCCUUCCUUCGCACAUGUACACCUCCUUUCGGAAGAAUUAAGACCUGUGGGAAUCAAUUAACCAGGCAACCAGGUAGGGGCAAAGGCGCAGUGUUGUAUAGCACUGUAAUUAAAAAUAUACCCUUCAGUUGGAUGAAUCUGUCUCAACCAUUUUCUCACCGUUUGUACAGCAAAAAAAAUCAGCAACAACAAGAAUUAUUUUGGGGCACGAUAUUCAUACACAUCAUAAUCAUUUCCGUAUUCAAGAUCAAGCAUGUUGGUUCAAAACAUCAUUGAUCCAAUGUUGUUGGAAGGUGUUGUAUCCGUUUGAAAUAACAAAAUAUUUUCACUCAUUUAGGCCGGAUUCACUACCGUCCAUCAUCUACAAGGCCGACCAACGGUGUUCAGGGGAAUCCAAAAUUCGCUUUCACAGCCUAAUGUCGGACACCCUUUUUUAUUACUCUCCGUGCAGGUUUCAACGAAACUUAGGGAACUCUCCUACAAUCGAGGCCAAAAUGCAGUAUUUUUUACUACGCUAGCAGAGCAGGUUGAGGACUUCUCUGUUACGCUUCUGGAUCAAAUCUACAUGAAAGAGAAAAUCUCAAUUGGGCACGAGGAAAUCAGUGAUAUGGACCCAUGUGCAUCUUUACUUGAUAGUAUUACCUUAUCAGCUAUUCGCUUUUCGCAGAAAAAGGUACACAAACUUUAUAAUGAUAUGGCUGCUGGAUUUAAACGUUCAACAAAAGUUGCUAUCAACAGUGCUAUUACGCAACAAAGUUUUUAUAUAUUUUCUGAGGCACAGAAUAUCGCAAGGUGUUGACAAAUAUUGAGAUUUUCAGGGUAUGAUUUUUGCGCCGUUUGAUCUGAAAACGGGUACAUUGUAAAUAGAAUUUGCCUAUUCUGGUCUGGAAUCGGGCAUGGUUUUCAAAGGAACGACGGGAGUGCAUGAACUUAUUUGUUGUUUCCAUUCCAAAUGAAUAAGAAAGAAAGGGUAAUAUGUGAUUUAUUAUUGAAAGGUUAUGGACUCCUGUUAUGAUGACAUAAUUGUGUCCUAAUUAAGGAAGUGUAUGUUGUGAGUCCUCCAGGUCGGAAGACGGAUAUGGAAUUUAGGGGUCAGGGGCCCAUUUCUCGAAAGUCUCGAUAAUUAACGGGCCCGGUAAGCUGCCUCCGUUUACAUUAAAGAUCGAGGUUUUCAAUAGUUUUGUAUCUAACGUGAUAAAGCUAUCAGUUAAUGAAACAAAAUGGAGUAGUUUACUUGCCGGGACCCGUGCUCUUAUUCUUUAUAUUUCGAUUUCAAUAUUUGAUUUCGGGCCCGAAAAGUUACCGGGACUUUCGAGAAACGGGCCCCAGGUCUGAAAAGGGGUGUGGAAAAUGACUUUUUUGGUCUGAAAAUAGGGUCAGGAUUUGGAGAACCGGGUGGCGCACCCCCACCAAGAGUAACCCUCCACUGGGAAAUCAGCCUACUGUCUGUAAGGAAAUAAAUAUUUGCAGACAACAGGCCUUACGGAAUAACAAUUCAAAGCUAAAAAAAAAACACGGGAAAAUAUGAAAAUCUGAUAAAGAGAGGAAAAACACUCUGUCAACGAAGCCUGUGUCGGAGAUACAUUACCUGAAAGAAAUAAGAAAGAAAUAAUAAUACAGUAAAAGUAUCAAAAGUCAGGAGGAGUCCAAGAUUUCAAUUCGAAAGUAGUGAUAACAGCAAACACGUUUUACUUUCCAACAACUCAACUUUUUCGUGCUUUUAUUUUUCCCUAGUUUGUAUCCCAUCCAGUGGCUUACAGACUGCUGAACCAAAGGUGGAACUAUGGUUUGCUACCUGACUGUCAACCAGGGAAAAAAUUGAGGUUUCUGGCAUAUGUAUUUACCAUACUCGACACUAUUUUGACUCCUGUGUUUCUUCCACUUAUCGCAUAUGCCUUCUACAAGGACCAGGUAACCUGUCUGACUCGUGAAGGGGUUAAACGGAACAAAAAAACAUUAAGAGGUUAGUUACCGAUAGAAGUACAUUAAGCUGCAUUUAGUUUCUUUACAAGCACUCCACUAAUAUAAUUAGUAGAAACAAAUAGAAGUUCUCAACACCCUAACUGGCAGAAGCCAAAUAGGCAGUUAGCUAAUAAGCGAGUCAGUCGUGAGAAAUUUUCGUGCAAGUGUUCAAAGGGACUGUGAACCUAGAACGUCCGGUUGCAUGCAGGCAUUGUCUCCUUGUAAAAGAAGUUUAUCAGAGAGUCACGAUCCGACGACGGCGAUGGCAAAGAGAACAUCAAAAAAGCGGAGGUUUGAUAAACAAAACACCAACUCUGUGUUCAUCACACUUUUUUGUACAAUUCUUUGCCAUCACUAAGACUACGACGUGAAAGAGGCUAAUUUUUCUCUGUAAGGGAGGACGUAAACCACGGUGGGCGUAUAGGACGCAAAAAAUUGCGAGGUAGGAACUACUUUUGCAUUUUUUAAUUCGUUUGAGCUCAAACUUUGCAGGAUGGUAUAACUUUGUAUUCCAAACAAAUCUUAUGUUUUUUGUUUUUCGAUUUUAACGUUUUUUGGCUUGAAGAUGACGUCACAUGAUUGAGAGCAAAAUAUAAAUUUCAAAAUAUGUCAAAACAAAUAAAUAAUUUUGAAGGAGCGUGACAAGCGUGAUAGAAACAAUAAUGUGAAAAAAUUUUUUUGAAAAGCUCAAUUGAUUAAAGAGUUAUUAAGCUUUGAUUUUUGAAUCUCCCGCCAUUUUGCUACUAGUUUUAGAAACAUAAGUACAUUUCAAGAUGCUAUAUCUCCUAAAGCAAUUCAGCUUUUCCAAACAAUUUUUCACAUUUGUACACUUCCAGCAAAGUUCGAGCUCAAACGAAUAAAAAAUGGGAAAGUAGUUUCUACCUCGCAAUUUUUUGCGUCCUAUACGCCCACGGUGAACAAGCCGAGAGGAAAUGUUCUUUCUUUUUCUGAACUCGGAUAUCAUAUCUUGGGAGUUCCACUUUAGGAGUCGGAGCUUUCCUACACUUGACAAAGUAACUAAGUUGGAAUAAUCGCAAUGAAGAUGCCGCAGCUACGCCGUCCUCGGAACUUAAGACAGCGGAAGCAACGAGAACGUCACAGAAGCAAUUUAUGGUGGGCAUAAACAAACGGACGACAACAUUUUCUCUCUUUUAUGCACUUGGUUAUAGUUCUUAGGAAUUUAAUUCUAGGAGAGUUUGCCUUCAUUUGACAAAGAAAGUUAGUUGGAAAACGGAACCGCGAUGAAAAUUGAAAUAACGUAAGUUCACUUUUUAGGCGACGUUUACGAUACUACGACGCCGUCGUGGUGUCGUAACCUUAUUCCGCGGACCGGGCUUUUUUCGCUUGCUGCGACAGGAGGGAGCUCCCCUCUAAAACUUCACAACUGCUUACGAUACGUCCACCAAAAUUACACAGAGUAAUGUACUCAUUAUUUCCAAUAUUUAAACAAAACUUGACUAACACGAUGACAUAUCUUGACGUCAUAACAAAAAGUACAAUUCGUCAUUUUGCGUCUACAUCAGUCGCUAAAAUGUCUGGAUUGCGCUAACAGUUAAGAUGGGAAAAAACAAAUUUUGAAAAACUUGAGUGUCAAAACGCAGUUUCCAUGGCAACUUCAAUUUUGAUGUACAUAUCAAAACGACUUUAACUGUUUCCAGAUAAUUUUUAGGAAAAUUCGCUAUGUUUGGUGGUCAUAGCUUAAACGGGUUUGAAGUUAUUCAACUUUUUUCGUCGAGGGAAGAGGGCUCCAAAAGCCCCCCGGUCUGAAUAGGGUUACCAUAAAACUCCCUAUUGACCAAACGUUAAGCAACAUCGUCUCUAUAAACAUAUCCGAAUAUGUUUUUGGCGCCUUUAAAUCCUUAAUACCCUAUAUGUACUUAAAUCUGGAAAUAUUUAUGAAUCCAGAACGUAAGUACCUAAGUAAUGAUAUGUAAACGCAGAAUUGGCCACGAUGUCGAAAUGCUGUGUUCGACGUUUCAACUUAUCACGUUUGUCUUGCAGAUAAGUACCUGGACUACUUAAGAACCCCCUUCGUCAUCUUUUUAAAGGACAAACUACAACAAACAGUGUUCAUAGCUUUACACAUCAGAAUAUGUGUAUUGGCGUCUUCUGUAUCACCAAGAACCGAGGAAUAUCUCAUUCUUGUAUUUUGCAUCGGAUUGUUGAUCUCUGAGUUUCAACAAUAUCAUACGUCUGAAUCCAAAGUUUAUUUGCGGUAAGAUGGCAAGGCUAAGACCUGUAAUCAAAUAACUAACUUUCCCGUAUAACCCUUCCUCAGACUUAACUGAUAAUGGUCUAUGACAGAAUGUCUAUUAAUUGCGAGUCAGAGAAGCUUAUUACGACAGUGUUCAUCGGUCUGACUCUGACUAUCUUCCAAUGACGCUUGGGCUCCCCAACUGAGCGUAAGUUUGAAAAGAACUUUCAUAAGAGGUCCAAAUAUUCAGCAGUUGUCACAAACCUGAAAAAAAAUUAUGUAUGACAGCAGAUCAAAGGGUUAAAAGCAUACGGUUUUUUAGCUCAAAACUAUUAUCUCUUCUGAAGCUACAGGGGUCGUUAGAGGGAGAUUUGGAUUAGCAUUUUUGCGCAUCCUCUGUCAGAUCAUCUAGACAUCUAACUGUUCUUCAGCAAUACAAAUAAAUAUAUUAUUCUGAAAAAGUAAAAAAUAAAAAACAGUUUUCACUUCAAUUAUAAGAGGUCUAAGAGUGAUGAGUCCAACAUUUGUGCUUUAAAUUAAUUAUGAAGAUUACGUAUUAUAUAGUUUAUGACAUUUUGCUUUCCAUGUUUUGUUGAUCGAAAGGUAGUUUUUGUUUUCUCUUGUACUGUUAAUGCAUGCAUCAGUCAAUUCCAGGUGCCCCAGACUCCCCCCCCCAAGCAUUACCAUUUUUUUGCCUUGGAUGGAAAAUUCCUGGGGUGGGGACCAAAAAAGAGGGCAAAUGCCCCGUCCUCCGUCAACACUGCAACAUAUUUCAUUGAUUGCACAGUCGAAUAGUGCCGUUUUAAGCAUUUAAAUGUGCGAGUUUUUGUUUCAAGUAACGUCUUCCUUUGUAAUAGCGCUAGAAUUCUAAUUAAGACUUCACGCCGCGACGACAUGUACCAGUUUAUGGUUUUAGUGUUGAUAUAAAAUUAUUGACAUUAAAAUUAAUCGAGCGCUGUGAAGUUAUAUGUUAUGAAUAGGUUAUAUUAUAAAUAUGAAAGGAUGUUCUUUAAAUAAUAUUAACAGAAAUUUAAUUCACUAACCAAAAAACGUUGAUUCACGUCGAUAGCUACCGAUUUUCUCUAUGUCAUUCUGACAUGAUAAGCAAUGAAGAAAUGCAUGCAUUAAAUCGAGAGCAUGCCUUUUCAACCCCUGUCCUUGACAGAUGAGCCAAUCUGCUUUUUUUUUCAGUAAUAUCCUCUGUGUGGUUAUAUUCUGAUAGGAAACCGCGUGCGUGUCAAAAGCUCGGAAAUAGCCCCGGGGUUGGCAAAUGCCCGGUCCCCGGGCAGCGCAAAAUUUGCAAAUGCACCACCCCCUGGACUAAAAAGGCGGGAAAAUGCCCCGCGGUAGCCCGGCGAAGGGAAGGGGGGGGGGGGCGGGAGCUGGGCGCAGCUCGAAAUGACUGAUGCAUGACGCCCGACUUACCGUGAAAUUUUCACUUUGCUUAUGAUAAAAUACUACUUAUUUUUGAAGUUGUUCUUUACGAAAUACUUCUGAGUCUUGUCUUUCUUCUCCAGAAAUAUGUGGAACUAUGUGGAUGUCAUUACCCUCUCCUGUCACGCUAUCAUAUUUGUCCUCAGAGUUGCGUCCAUCAUUAAAGGUGGAGAUCCGUACCAUAACAGACUACUGGAGGCGAUUAACUAUCUCUACGGUGUAAACACUCUGCUCCUAGUCUUGAGGUUUUCAAGCGUACUGGAAAUAAACAAAGCGGUUGGACCACUUCAGUUGGCUUUGUUCAGAAUGAUCGUCGACCUUAUGAUCAUUUUAGUUCAGUUUUUGUUUGUAAUUUUGGCUUUUUCUGUUGCCAUCACAAUGAUCUACACCGCCGAGAUGUCUUAUUUGACGCCAGCGCGAGAGGAGGAAAGCAACCGGACCCAGGUUGAAAGGUGAGGCUAGCGCAUGUUUAUUUUUUCCUUUUUUUCUGUCGCUGCUUUUAGCUAGUUCUUUUUUUAACCGGAAAUUAACAGAUGUGUAUCUUCACUAGUUAUUUUAUUUUAUGUUAUUAACUUAUUCUUUCUAAACUUAUUUUCUUUUUAGCUUUUGUGCGACUGGGUCCUCGUCUUGGUAAGUUCUUUACUCACGUGAUAAAAAAUACACAAAACGUCUUGCCGAGUUUAGACCUAAGCUUUUUAAAGGCCUCUGGAAUGAAUUCAUUGACCCGCAGAUCAGGAGAUGCAUUUUAGUUUUAAUCCUGCCCCGCUUGCCUUUAUUCACCUGAAAAAAAAAUGCUUAAAAAAUGAACGUUAAGUAUCUUCCAGUAACUGGCAUUUCCUUUUUACCUCUUCGUGUAUCUUAGCACUGAUGUUCCUUUUAAUAUGAUAACAGUUAACCUAUCACUGUUAAAAUCAGUUGAUAAGUUAUUUCCUGAAAACUUGCGUAAUUGUCAGCCAGUGUGGAAAUAUAUAGAAUGACCGAUGGACGAAAGACCAACUGCAGAAAUUCUAUAAUGAAAAUAGAAAGAAAGUAUGCAUUUGCCUAAAUCCUCUUUCCUAUGGUUAUAAUGUUGUCUUUCUUAAACGAUGCAUGUCAGUAACCCAUCCAAUAAAAAGGGUUAAUACCGCUGAAGUACUAGUUCCCUGACAAUUUCAACAUAUUUUAUCAGUGCUAUUUUUAUUGCAUAGCUUAUUUGAAGCAUCUACCCAUCUUAUAUGGUCCGUCUUUGGCCUGACGAAUCUGGAGACACUGGAAUCCCAUGACAUCUGGUCAAAUACAGUCGUUGGUAUCCUCUUUGUAAUGUUUCUGGUUUUGUCCGUCGUUAUGCUGAUCAACAUGCUGGUCGCUUUGUUGACCAACACCUACAAUAAAGUGGAGGUAAAUAACCUUGCCGUAACUUUUGAUUAAGUAACUUUUAUUGUACAGGCUUUGCUGGCUAUUGCUGUCUCUGUUGUUCCUCCAAGGGGUGUUCGGUAUCUGCGUUUAGCCUGUGCUGAUAAGUGGUAUAGGGCGUGCCGAAUUAACCUUUUUACGCGUGGAAUCUCAUUAAUUCAUUAAAAACCCAUCAACUACUCAUGAAGCAGAACCUUAAUUAUUUGAUCCAGAAAUAACUAGAAAAUCUUCCCAACGGGUUAAUCCACCUAAAAAUAACACAUGACCUCAUAUUAAUGAGAUUCCACCGCAUGACUUCACGGGCGUUUAUAGGACCCUAUCUUUAAUGUAUUCCUCCGCGAAAAAGGUUUUAAAAUUCGGUUUGUCCAUGUUCGUCCUAUACUGCUGUUUCAGAAAAAAUUAGAAGUGAGAUAAGGAGGAAUUUUGCCAUUGAACAGGACACAGAAAUUGUGGACUCUACGUUGGGAGAUUCGACUGUGAAUGUUAUUUUAAAGGGACUAUGUCUCGCUUUUUGCAAUCUUGUCAAUAAAAAGCUAACUAAAGACUAUUUUCCAACCAAUCGAAUUCCAAAAAUAGUGGUUCAGCAGGCACUAGAACUGUUUCCUGCUCUUUAUUGCAGCCGAUGACAAAGAGCAGAUUUUACUUAAAACAGUAGUUAUAAGAUCCUUGUGACAAAGACCCUCUAAGACCUUAAAAGAACUGAGAGUUACUUGGAAGAGUGAAAGCAAGACGGCGAAAAAACAAUCAAAUAUGUCUAUUUUUAUUGACUUGACACCCACAGGAGAUAAUUAAAGCAUCUGGGUCCCCUAAUAUGCACUCUUUAAAACAUAUGAUGUUGCGUUUCCCAGGAUAAAAUUCUUUAAACGGUUUAUGGAAUACGGGAUUGACGGAAUGUUUUAAUCAGGGAACAUUUCUUUUUGGUUAUGUUUGUUUUUAGAUUAACGCAGAUGUGGAAUGGAAAUUUUCUCGCGCAGUAGUCGCUGAUGAAUAUAGAAGAUUUCAUCCCAUUGUUGUUCCUUUCAACAUCAUCACCUUCCCUAUCUCUCGCUGUUAUAUCAAGAAGUACGGAGACAGCCGAGCAGAGGUUAGGAGAGGCUAG